ACCUUUUCAUUCUAGUCCGCACACUGACAGGUGUGCCUUGCCAACAAUUAGCUGAUGCCUUGGAUGAUUCACAGAAACGCACACUAGCUCAAAACAUUAGCCAUUCAACCAGUAACUCAUAACUCUACUAUACAAUAGUAAGUUAGUAACUUGUGAUUUUGCUAUAAAUAGGCACUUAGCUAAUACCAUAUUUCUUGCUUAUCUGUAGUGUUGUUUUCUCUCUACUCCCUCAUAAUGGACACAAAAGUGAAAAUGGCUAUGAUAUGUUUAGUAUUCACCGUAGUCUCCCUUGUGUCAGCCUUCAAUAAUGCUUGCCCAAAAUGUGGCAACUUUGAAGUUCCCUACCCUUUUAGCACUGAUGAUAACUGUGGUGACCUUAGAUACAAGGUCUACUGCAACAAUGGGAUCCUUGAGUUCCCCUCACUCGAAGGAUUUUACUACAAAAUCCUUAGCAUUGACCCAAACACUCACACACUCAUCAUUAGGCCACCUGUGAUCCUUAAAGGCACAUGUUACUCCUCUGAUUUGUCUCAAGGAGGAAUAAGGCUUGAUGAGACAUUACCCUUCAACAUAUCAAAACACAACACUGUCUUCUUGCUCAACUGUGCCGACUCUAUUCUUCGCUCGCCACUUAAUUGUUCUUACAACAGCCUUUGCAGGAAGUUUGAGAAUGAAAUGGAGGAAGGAAGAGGUUGUAAAAGUAGGCUUUGUUGUCAGUACUUGAAAGAUUCAAGCAUGAAUUCGCAUUUCAUUAGGGUAAGGCCUGGAGGAUGCACUGCUUACACUUCUGUGGUGAAUAUCAAGCCUGAAGACCCUAUUCAUCAAUGGAACUUUGGCAUUGAGCUGCAGUGGUUACCUCCUAACUGAGGUUAGGGAACCAGCCAUAAUGCAUGCAAAAUGCCCACUUAAUAAGUUCUCUUUCAGAAGAAAAAAGUUUUUUUGUUUUUGUUUUUGUUUUUAGUCGAACAAGACCACUUCUUAAAAGUUGUGAUACUUUGCAACUUUUGAUUAGUAGGUGAAUAAAUUUUGUAGCAAAUGCAUGUUUGUUUGUUUUUUUUUUUUUUUUAAUUUCCUAGAGACUUGUUUGGAUUUAUAAUUUGAGUUGUUACUUUUAUUUUUCCUGUAUAUUUAAAAGCAAAAAAAAGGUCAAGAAUCUCAAGUUCAUCUUGUUAACUCCAUCUGAUAUAAAGUAGGACAUCUUGAGCAUUUACCAAGGAAAAAAAAUAAAAAAAUAUCAACGUAGCCAAACAGGAUCCGAAUAAGCUUUUUUGUCUACCAAACACCACCGUAAUGUAUUCGUACGGUGAUAUCACAGUGAAUGCAACUUCCCAAAUACCACUCAUUAAGUGAGGCACUGUACUAAUGUAGCAACUACCAGCUAGUUGGCUUCCAUAGUGGUUUGGAGGAGAGAACGUUUAACAAAGUGAAUCAUUUUACUCCAAAUUAGAGAAUUUGGAAUGAAUCAAAUCUCCCCAAGUAUGAUUCGAACCUAUGACCAAUCAGUUUACAAUCAACUGCUCUACCACUGAACUAAUAAGGAACAACUGGAGGAUAAAUCUCAUAAAGUUCGGAGGUGGGGGAAGAGAGGGAAUAAGCUACAGCGGCACCUCACAAACAUCUUCCUGAGGCAGCACCAUCCUAUAGGUGUGAGUGUUUGGAUGCACAUAUUUUGUUCAUAUACUUGAGCAGUUGAGAGAAAAAUUGUCCCCAAAAAAGUGAUCCUGGCACCGAAUGACCUAAUGAAUUGACUCCAACUCUUUGUCAAGAAAAAUACUAAGAUUAAAUUAUUUUACCAUGAUCCAACUCCUUACAAUUUAUUCAGAGGAAUACGAAGCUUCUUCCACCAUGAUGACCAAUUUUGGCCUUGUAUGAGAACACAACCCCCAUUUUGGGUCUAAAAUCUCCAUCUUCGAGAAAAGAACAAGAAAAAAUCAAGCCAGAUGUUCAAAACAUGU